AACCAAGUUAGAUUUUGACAGAAGAGGAAUUUCCAAUACCCACCCAUAAAUCGUCAUCCGAUCAACGCAAAAACUCAACUCGAAACAAUCGAGUCGAGUCGCUUCGAGUUUGGUCAGCGUGGUCGAUUCGCAACUUCCGAAAUAAAUCGUAGAUUUGAACUGAAUUCUCGUUUGCGAGUGUGUGUGAUAGCAGGCUGAGAUCGCCUCUCAUGUGGAUGGUGGGGCAGCAUGUCUGCUCUGGGAAGCAAGGCUGAACGCCAGCCCAAAUCCCGGUUCCAAUCGCUGGACAUCAACAAUCUAUACUGCACAAGCAGGGGUGAUACCGUCGAACAGUUGACGCAGAAGAGCAGCGUACCGCGCAAACAUGGCAUGCAGAGUCUGGGUAAAGUGCCGACGGCCCGUCGCCCACCAGCUAAUCUUCCGUCGAUAAGAGCCGAGGCAACAACAACAAGCAGCAACACUACCAUCGUUAACAACUCUACAUCUACUUCAGCGGCUACAACAGAUCCGCAACAGCAACAGCAAGUACAGCAACAGCAAGCAGGAACUACCGGGCCAGUCCCAAACGCAGCAGGUCAAGGAUCAUGGGCGUCGGACUCGAAGAAUCCUGCCGCAGCACAGCCUGCGGUGUCACCGCAGUUGCCGCAGCCAGUAAGUGGCGUCACUUCGCCACAGCAAGCGCAGCAGCUGCAGCACUCGAACGCCGCAGGAAACACGUGGAGCGCCGUCGCUGUAGGAGCUGGACUUUCUCACCAGGAUCAUCAUCACUCUCAUCAUCAACAUCCACCGAGUUACCAGAGCCCCCAAUUUCAACACGAAUUCCCAUCCCUGGAUGGCCACACACCGAAUGUACAAACCCAGAAACCUGGCCCAGAUGCUCAGUAUGGCCCGGGACCGAGUCUAAGACCGCAAACGGAAGGCAGUUGGAUACAAGGCGGCCGUUCUUCAUCAAAUUCAGGAAGCACAGAAGUUGCAGGAGCACCAGCAGCGGGCCCCCCGGUUGGCGGAGCCACCGCUGGAGGAGCUGGAGCUCCCAUGGGGGGCCCGGCCCUCCAGCAAGUGCAUCCACAGUUUCAAGCCAUCAUGCCAUCUUUUAUGUAUCGAGGCAGUGGUGGCGCGGCCGGCAACUUUGGUCUCCCUCAGAACUUCGGCGCAGCUCCGACCACGGCUAGAAACCAAGCCAGACCGCAAAAUAGCUAUAAUGAAACACAAGGGUCACGAGACAAUAGACGCGGACCUCCAAUCUCUAAGCGCGAUAUUGAUUUGUCCGACGCACCUUUACAAAGACCAAUCAUAAAAGAAGAGGAUUUAGAUAAAAUGGAAGACAUUGCUCGUGAUGUAGGAUGGGCUGCUCAUGAUGACAUUGACUACAAUCAAAAACUUGCCUUUUCUGAUGAUGAAAGUUCUGAACCUGCCGCAUCGCCUGCUCCAAUUCGUGAAAGUUCUAGGGAAAGCUCUCAAAGUCAAUCCAACCGUAUAACUCAUUCUUCAUCUGCUCCUCCGCCUUCAACUAUUACUAAUGACGCACAAACCAAUCAGCGUCAAAUUUCUCCAGCACCCGGAAAAGUUAAAUCUGCUUCAAUUGAAAAGAAUAUUGAAGACAGUAAUAAUGCAAAUUCAGGAAGCGGUGCGUCAAGGGGUCCAAUGUGGAGUUCAAGAAAUACCCAAAGUAGAGACGUAGAUUAUCGUCAGAAUGGCCAUCAGAGAAAUGCGCCAAGAAACGUAUUAGAGGAUGAUGAAAUUUGGAUACAACGGAGGAAACAAACUCAUGAGCGAAUUGAAAGAGCUCAAGAACUUGCAAAACUUAGGAGAGAAGAGGAGGACAGAAAGUUCAUGGAAACUAAAAUGGCCGCUAAUAAAAAACUGUUAGAACUAGAACAGAAAAUCAGUGCAAAAAAGAACUCUACUUCACAAGAUGGCGUUAAAGAUUCGGCUUCAGAUAAUACUAUAAAUUUCAGUAGCAACCAGGAUUCACACUCGAAUUCAGGAAUGCAUCAGUUGCAGGGAUCUGUCAGCAGUGAUGGUCUCGAGUUCAGACAGAUGUCUCAGAUUGGUAAUGGUGGACCUAGUUCAGUUUCCGGUAGAGGAUUUGUACAAUGGAAUGCCUCAGUUCAAGAGCAACAAUCUGCAGGUGGAGAUAGAGAUCAUCAUCGCGAUCCGGAACCUCGAAUCAUUAUGAAUUCACAUGAACGUGAUCGCAAUGGUCCGAUCUCUUCUGGGAGGGACUUAGACAGCGGCGGAGGUACAGGUUCUGGGGGCGGUGGCGGUGGUCCCAAUUUCUCCAAACAAUUCCAAAUUGAUCUUCCGCCAAGGUUUCGCAAUCAAGCAGAAAAAAAUCAUAUCGGUGGUCAGAGAGGGGGCGGAAGCGUUGAUAAGGUGAAUAAUGUACCGUUUGCACAACAAUAUGAUACUCGUUGGGUGCAUCCUCCUACUCAGACAUAUACAAAAUCCUCAAGUAUGAGUGGCGUUCAAUCAGGUGGUGGUAGUAACAAUAACACAAUGUCUAGAAGAGCUCCAAGUGCUGACGAUGUAGCUCAGCAGCAUCGUGGAAGUAAUAAUAAUUUAUCCAGCACAAAUUUGCAGCAAUAUCAAAAUCUUUCGAGGCAACAAAGUGGCCACUCUUUGAAUAGAAGUAUGUCCGAUACCUCGCAACGGAAAUUGUCAGUAUCAAGCGAAGACAGGAGCAGCACAACUUCUUCACACAAUCUAGAAGGUAGUCCUCCUAAAUCUGAAUUGAAAACCAGCGAGUCUUGCCGUGAGUUUGGCUCCUCUUGGGCUGAUGAGCCUUUGGAAAAUGAAAAAUUGUUAUACGGAAAUAACAAAGCAGAAGAUGAUAGAAAAUCCAUUAAAGAUUCUGAGAACAAUGAAAUGAUAAAAUUGUCUGAUAAACAAUCCUGGCCUGACUCCACAAAACAUACUGUUGAUGUUUCUUUGAAGAACUCUAACAACAAUAAACUGAAUGAAACUACUAGCUCAAAUAAACAAGUAAUUGAAAUUACUCAAGUUUCUAUCAGUAAGAACAAUGAGUUAAAAACUGAUAAAGAAUUACUUAAUGAGGAUUAUAGAAGUGGAAGAGACUCUGGGAAUAACAAACGCAUGAGUCCUAAAGUCAGCACAAGACAAAUGGGUUCUCGAGGUGGAAGAAAUUUUGAUAAUUUUAGAAGGGGACAGGAUCAAAGUGGAGUAAACAAUCCUAGAGUGGAGGGACAUAGGAAGAAUAUUGGCGGUGGUGGACGUACUAGAGGUGUUGGAGGGCAUAGCGGUGGAGAUCAUGCUUGGAGCGAGACAGAUGGGUCUGAAGAACACGAGGAUGACAGGAAAAAGGGCCGCCGAAGUCCUAAGCAACUUCAGCAACAGCUCAGUCGAGAUUCAAAUCACCAUCAUCAAUCUCAGCAACAACAAUCGAGUGCACAAAAUCAGCACCAUGGCAUGCAACAACGCUCUACCAGUUCUGGCUCACUGAAACAAGAACCUAGGCAGCCUGCAGAAAGAUCAAACACUCAAACAUCGCUCAAUAGAGGUUCCAGCCAUCAAGAGGGUUUUGCACCUCGAGGGGAACCAUCAAGAAGAGGUAGAGGUUCAGCAUAUCGUACCUCAAGAGGCGCAAUGAAAAAUGUGGAUUAUGGACCCCCCCGUAGAACAUUUGGUGGCGAUGAAAUGAAUAAACCAAGAAAUGAAAGUUCAAGUGGAGACAACCAAGGAUUGACCUCAGAUGACAGAACAAAGUUGAAACAACAAGCCUUGAGUGCAGGUAUCGGAAUCUCUACAAGCUCAUCAGGCACAACCUCGACCAGCAACACUGCUUCCAGUGGCAAUGCCAACUCAUCAAAUGUAGCAAGGUCUGGUGGAGGAGCAGGAGCUUCUAAGGCAUCUACUGGCGGUUCCGGCGGAGGAUCGUCGCGAAUGCGCAGUGGAGGACGCGGUAAGAAUGCAUCUGGAAAAAACAGCGAUGAAGCUUGGGACACCACUUCAGAUCAUUCUGAAUCUGGAGGCAAUCUUGGUCAAGGAAAGAGACGAGAGAACAGGGAUAAGGAUAGAGACAGAGGAAAUUCAAGGACAGGAAAGCCUAGGAAUGAAAGAAAAAACAAUGCUGCUCAAAAUAAGAAUAGUGGGUCAAGUCAAAUAAGUGGUAAAUCUGAUGACCCCUCCAAGAAAACUUCCGAAACAACAAAUAAUACUUCAAGUUCACUCAAUCAAAACCAACAAGCAAAUUCUAAUGCAGGAAGCAAAAAGGAUGCUUUGGAAGGUAUUGAUCUUAACAACUUCGCUUCAGUUGUUGUGAUUGAUGAACAAUUGGAGAAGACUUCCAGUGCACAAAAUUCAUCAGGCCAACAAUCAUCUUCUGAUGGUGAUGGUUUUCAAGAAGUUCGAAAUAAAAAGGGAGCAAAGAAAACUGAUGAACCUGCUAUCAGUGCUGGCAAUGCAAGUAAUCAGACUGGGAACCAAAACCAACAAGCUUUGAAUCAAACAUCGGGUCAACAGCAGGCAGCUCAACAGAACCAACAACGUUCAAGCUCUACACGUGGGGAGAAGAAAGAACGAUCUUCAAGCAAAGGUGCCUCGAAUAAAAAUGCUCAAAGUAAACAGUCUACCAAUGCUACAAACAAUGCAUCUCAGCAACAAUCACAGCAAGUAAACAAUUCUUCUAACAAUGCCUCAUCUAAAGCUCAAUCUGAUCGUCCAAGACAAUCAAAAUUGCCACCGAGAUUUGCACGUCAAAAGGAGAACAUCAGAAUGCAGCAGCGUGCUCAGGCACAAGACAUCAAUGUUAUGGCUCCUAUGCCACCGCCUGUUAAUGCUUGGGAUAAACCUAUCACAGCAAGCCUGAGGCCAAAUAUAGAAUCAGACAAUGCAAUGACUAUAGAUUCAGAAGCUAUAGUUAACAUCACCAAUGAAUCUGGACAAAACAGUCAAAGAAGUACACCGGGCACAAACAAUGAUGGUAAGCUAGUUCCUACCAAGGCCCAUACUGACCCAAAGUCUGCACUGGAUGGAACCACACCUCCUGUACAGACCAUUAUAUUUGAGAAUACGAAUUACAAAUCUGGACCUAAUCAGAAUCAAACUGUAAAACAAACUGAAAAACGUGACAAUGAUAUUUUUAAAACAAGCAGUCUAGAUAUCAUGGAGACUACUACGCCUGUAAGCAGGGACGGUCAAUUGUCUGGAUUACAGCUUUCUUUUCAAAGCAAAACAGAAUCAGAUUAUGAUAAAGAUAUGAAGUUGUCUUUCAACUUUGAUUCGGAUUUGGCACAAUUAACUGAAGAUAAAAACACCAAGGUUCUAGGACUGCCUCGUUCAAUGCAUUCCAGUUCUUCACAGAGCACAAUUAGUCCAUCAACAGCAGAGCUGAAUCUGAAGAUACAAAGUGUUAAAAAGGUUUGGGAGAAUGCUCCAGUAAUGCCAACUGUUUUAGAGCAACAAGCUUCCAAUGAAGACGCCCAGCAUAAUUUAUCAUCUCCACAUAAUUUAGGAUCUCAUCAGGCACAGCAUAAUUUGAGCAAACAUCAGGCACACGCAAACUUAAAUCAAAUGAAUCAAAUGGCAAGCCAAGCACAUGCUCACAACCAUGGCCUGGUAGGACCUGGUCAUAAUUUGACCUCACAGCAUAAUUUAUCGCCAGCUGCUACAUAUGCAAGUAGUUUUGGCGGUGACCCAUCUAUGGAACAUUUUGGAAAAUCUUCAGAUGGUAAUGACAAUGAAAAUGUUUACAGUCCAGGACCUCAACAUGUUACUCCUUAUAAUCAUGUACAACAAAUGAACAAGCAUAAUGAUAUGAACAGUGUUUGUAAAGUGAAACAGCCUCAAUCGAUGCACCCUUCAGGUUUAGGAGGUAUAUCAGGUGGUUCUCAAGGACUUGGUCUUUCACCGCCUCCGUCGUUGCAACAGCAGCAGCAAGCCCCGCAACAACAGUAUUAUCAAGCCGCUCAAUAUGGCAGUAUGUCUGCCAUACCAUCACCUCCAGCAGUCUUGUUUAAUUCAACAGCUGCCGCAAUGCUUGGUUCAAGCCAGUUGGCACCACAGCAGCAACAGCAGCAGCUUUAUGGUGCUGCUGCUUUUCAAAUGGAACAAGGUCGAGGCGCCUAUUCUCAGUUUCCUGGACACUAUGCAGGUGCUAAUGCCCCAUAUAAUUACAUGCAGACUACUCCCAGCCUUCCACAACCAACACCGGAUAUGUAUCAGAGUCUGACAUCCCAAUACAGAGCAAUGGGCGGAGCACCAUUUGGCCAAUCGCAACAACUCAAUAAUCCGAGCACUGUGCUUAUUUCUUCUACUUCAAAUUCUCUUAUGUCAGCUAGUGUGAAACCUUCAAAUCAGAUUGGAGCCAUAGGCAGUAAAUCUGGAUCUGCUGGCCCGGGACACUAUGCUCCGCAACAGCCUCCGCAGUACAUGGGCGUUGCUUACCCACCUCCACCACAACCUGGUCCUUUGACAGCUGGAUCUUCUUACUUUGGCGGUGCUGGCACUGCUGCAGGUGGUGCAGGAUCUGCUGGCGGUUCCCAAGGUGGAUCUCAAGGUGCAGCAGGUGGAGCGGGAGGUGGAAGUGGUUUCUAUGCUCCGCCCACUGGAGCUGCCCCAGGUGGUUUUUCAUUGGCGGCAGCUGCUGCUGCGGCAGGAAUGUUUGGAGGUAAUCAGCCACCACCGCCGCCCGGGCCACCGCAAGCGCAGGUGCAAGGACAAGGAUAUGCGUCACAGUUUUUAACAUCCCCCUUACAAUUGGCAGCGACUAUGCAACAGUACAGAGGUCCCCAAAGUGCCUAUCUUAAAAAUUUACCAGAUCCAUGCAGCCGACCAUUGAAGAGCCCAAUAGGUGAGUCAUUGGGUCAAAUGAAGCAGAUUCAACCACAACACAAAUCUUAUCAGUCAUCCGUUAUGCAGGGCAACAACAACAACAGCAGUGGUGGUGCGUGUCGAACGAUGCAGGCAGCGGCGGGACAAGCGGGACCGGUUCUGCAGGGGGCGGGGCCAUCGCCCCACCAUCACAGCAGCACCUCGGCGGCAGCGGCAGCAACCAUCACCACCACCAGCAGCAACAACAACAGCAGCAAUGGUCAGCAGCAGCAGCAAAUCGGAGCGCGUUACCCCGGUCCGAUACAGAGACCAACAACCAACACCGUUCUGGGGGUGGGGGCGUACCAUCCCACGCACCCCACUCAUCCCACGCAUCAAAUGCAUCAGCAUCAAAUGUUGCAUCAGCAGCAUCUGCAUCAGGUUCAUCAUCAUCAGCAAAUGGCGCCAAAUGGGGUGCAGCAGCAGCAACAGCACAGCCAUCAGCAGCCAAGGGGACAGCAGUCCACCAGGCAUAACCAGACUGGCUCGGGAAACAAAAAUUACUAUUCCAGAGGUGGGCAUAAUAACAGUGGAAAUAUGGAACAGCAGCAGGCAAAUACUGCUUCUAAGCAAAGUGAAAAAAAUGAAGUGAAACAACAAGUGUCGAAUUCUACGGAAUCGAACAAGGACGAUGUGACAAAUGAAUAAGUGAAUCUGAAAAAGUGGGGCGAGAAAACUCACAUAAAAAUCUUUUAACUCAAUAUAAAUAUUAACAGAUUAAUGAAAACAAAAUGGACUAAAUUUCAAAUCUAUCAAGUGUAUUGAUAGUUAUCUUCUAAAAAAAAUUCAACUUAAAAUAUAAUUAAAAAUAUAAAUUCUAUCGGUAGAUAUUCAAUGACAAAAAAAUCUAAAGAUGGCGUGAUGACUUUUUAGUUUUUUCCACAUGAGAAACAUUUAUUUAUCUCCUUCAAUUUUAGUUCUUAACUGCAUUUCAAAUAUGUUGAAAUGAUUAUCUUUGGUAAAGUUAUACGGUUAACUCUGUGUGAUUUUCCUUUUCCAUGCUCUACUAGUAAUGUCAGAAGAUCAUAUUACGGCAGUUUCUAGUAGGGAUGUGUAUCGAUAUUGACUUUUUGACAAGUGUGAUGUCAUACAGAUUUUGACAUGACUGGUGGCAUAUAUAAGGACCUUGAAAAAUUCAAUCUUUACCGAAUCAGAAAUGUACUGCAUUCUUCUAUUAUUUAUGCCAGUGGAAAAAUUUUCUAAUGUUGAUUUGAAGCCUGGCACAUUUUCCCACAACAUAUUGAAGAAUUUGAUGUGCCGUGGAAAUGUUUCAAAUGGUCAAUGUAAUAUUUUCAUUUUUCAAUCAUAUUAUAUAUUUAUAUAUAUAU